AUGAAGUCAUUAGCCAGAUCUUAUUUUUGGUGGCCUUCUUUAGACUUGGAUAUCGAAACAUUAGCGAAGAACUGUGCAGUUUGUGUUACCUUCAGACCAGAACCAGCGAAGACUAUGCUAACGAAGUGGCCUCAGUCAACACGAGUGUUUGAAAGAAUACAUGCUGAUUACGCAGGUCCUAUAAACAAUAAAAUGUAUUUAAUUUUAACCGAUUCAUUUAGCAAAUGGCCAGAAAUAUUUGAAGUAAGUAAAGCUGAUACCCACAAUACCAUUGAGAAAUUAAAAGAAACAUUUUCAAGAUAUGGGCUUCCAGAUACUAUUGUAACAGAUAAUGGUACACCGUUUACGUCUGGAGAGUUCAGUGAAUUUUGUGAAUUGAAUAGCAUAAAACAUCUUACCUCACCUCCUUGGCACCCAUCCAGCAAUGGAGCUGCUGAGAACGCUGUUAAGUCAUUUAAAAUAGGAUUUGGGAAAAUACUCAUGAACAAAUCAGAUAUAAUAUCGAAUAAAUAUUUAUUUUAUUAUAGAAAUGCUAUUCAUUCUACAACUGGAUGUACACCAUCAAAAUUAAUGUUUGGUAGGGAAGCAAACAUUAGACUUAAUAAAAUUAAACCUAAACCACAUAGUUACACAGCAAUUGAUAGACAGAUUAGAAACUAUAAAGGUAGCAUUUCAAAUAAAGUAUUUAACAAGAACGAUGCGGUCUUCAUUAGAGACUAUUCCAAACCAAAUAAAAAGGGUUGGAAAACAUGUAUCAUAGAUGAAAUUGUGGGCAACAAUAUCUACAUUUGUAAAGAACAAUUAACAAAUAGGUGUUUUUGUUCUUUGGCGUCAUUUAUUUUGCAAAUUCCACAUCCAUCACAUGAUUAUAGGCCAGUGAUGAAUAAACUCAAACUCUUGUAUCUAGCAGAUAGAAUAGUUGAAUAUAGUUUGGUAUUUUUGCACGAGCUGAUUGACGGACGUGUGGAUGCUCCCUCUCCUAGCCCAUUCAUAACUAAAUAA